AUUGUUAUCUACAGCCUCUACAGGUCGUUUUCUCGACAAGUCAACAAUGGCCAUAGCGUAACAUAAAAUAGAGAACAUAUAUUGUUAUAGUAAAAGUGUUCUGUGCAAUAGACUUGUAUCAUGUGCCAUUAAAAUGUUCUAAUAGAUAUGAAAAUAUUUGAAAUUUAAUAUCUUUAUAGUCUUUCUAUGAAAAUUAAUAUUGACUUUGAAUUUCCAAAAUACAAAGACCAAAAUUACAACUUUCCAAGGAAAAGAUUUGAAUAAUAUUUUUGUAUCUCUGCUCUCUACAACAUUGAAAUAUUGUUAUGUUUGAAAAUUGGCUAACAAACCCAGAGCAGCCACAGUAUGUGGUUGCACCUAUGGUGGAUGCUAGUGAACUUGCUUGGAGACUGUUGUGUAGGAGACACGGUGCUACACUAUGCUAUACUCCAAUGUUACACAGCACAGUCUUUGUAAAGGAUCCAAAGUACAGGAAGGAAUUCUUUACCACUUGCCCGAAAGAUAGGCCAUUAAUUGUUCAGUUUUGCGGUAAUAAUCCAGAAACUAUGGCAGCAGCUGCCAAACUUGUUGAAAGGUCCUGUGAUGCUAUCGAUAUUAACCUUGGGUGUCCUCAGUCUAUAGCGAAAAGGGGAAAAUAUGGUGCUUUUCUACAGGAUGAUUGGGAGCUUCUUAAAAAAAUUGUUUCAGCUAUGUCUAAAGCCAUAUCCAUACCAAUCUCUUGUAAAAUAAGGGUUUUUGAGGAUAUUGAGAAGUCAAUAAAGUAUGCUUUGAUGCUACAAGAAGCAGGAUGUAAGUUAUUGACUGUCCAUGGACGUACAAGAGAACAAAAAGGACCCCUUACAGGUAUAGCUAGUUGGGAUCAUAUAAAGAUUAUAAAGAAUGCUGUGUCCGUACCAAUGUUUGCGAAUGGAAAUAUCCAAUGUCUAGAAGAUGUGCACCGAUGUAUAGAGUAUACAAAAGUUAAUGGUGUAAUGAGUGCUGAAGGCAACCUGACAAAUCCUGCCAUAUUUGAAGGAAUCAAUCCAAUUUCCUGGGAGAUUGCGCUUGAAUAUCUUGAUUUAGUGGAAUCAUAUACAUGUCCGACAUCCUUUAUUAGAGGUCAUUUGUUUAAAAUAUUUCAUAAAAUAUUCUCAUGUCCCGAUAACAACGAUGAGAGGGAGCUCCUGGCAACAGGCCAAAAUAUUAAUGAUUUCAAAAAAGUUUGCAUCAUGCUGAGGGAAAAGUAUUUGCCAUAUCACUUAGGCCUAAAACAUUUUGAAGAUGAAGGUAAUUUUACGAGGCAAGGAUUUGACUUAAUUCUACCUCCUUGGAUCUGUCAACCAUACGUUAGAAUGACACCGCAAGAGCACACUGAAAAAAUGGAUUUGAUAAGAAAAAACCUGUUGGAGAAUAAUGACACUAGUGUUAAGAGAAAUAACGACGAUCCAGAUGAAAAUACAAUAUCAAAGAAGAAGUUGAAGAAACUGAAGAGGAUAAUGAGAAGACCGCUCAAACCUGACGCAAGUCAACACGGGAGACCUGGUGAAAUAUGUGUCAGUGACGUCUGUCCCAACCCUCUUGGUGGGAAAUGUGCCUUCAAGAUGUGCAAAAAAUGCUGUCGGAACAAGUGCUUCGAGGAAGAUCUUGACUGUGCUGGACAUAGAAUACUUGUUCAUACGAGACGACAAGUAGCGAGGAAGUUCAGUCUCGAACAUGAUAAAAUUAAGUCUUUUGAAGAUAAGACAUGAUUACAGAUUACUUGUUUUGAAAUUCUGCACAUUGUUAUAAUAUAGUUUGAAUUGUUAAUUCGUGUGAAAUAUAAUAUUUUAUUAUA